CUUUCUUGCAUUUAUUUAGUUCUAGAAGGCGAGUUGUGUUAUAGUAAACCCAUAAUGUUUGUUUAAUUUCUUAUUAAAUAAUAAUAUUUUUAAAAAAUACAUAUAUAUAAAAUACAUCGUUUGCUCAAAAUUAAUUCUCGAAUCAUACAAUGACUUCGGAAGAAAAAGAAAAAUGUUUGUAUGAAGAGGAUGAAGAAUCGCCAGAAACAAUGCAAAAAUUCUUGACCGAAGCAGGACUGUACGAAAGAGGAAUGAACGCGAAAGAAAUGAGAGACUUAGUUAAAUUACUGAAAGAAUCAAAAGAAAUGCACGAAAAGAGAAAUUCACAAUGUUUUCAACCGCCUGAUUCGCCGGCGAAAAAUAUUAUUGAUAACAAUAAUGAAAACCCGAGAACUUACGCAAAUAAAGUAAAAAAUUCAUCAAAUAAUGAGAGUACUGUUGAAAAUAGGGAAAUUCCAUCAACAGAAUCAAUAAACAUAUUUGGUUCACGUGAAAAUGCAUCACAGCAAAAAAAAAAGUUAGAAGAAUAUCAAAAAAGAAGCUUGAGAAGAAAGAAAUAUGAUAUGGAUUUGUUAAAAGCAAUUAUUCCUGAUGAUGAAGAGCCACUUGCUAAACCGAAAAUCGAAGAUGAUGAAUCAACGGAUUAUUGGAGCAACAAAGAGAUUUCGAUUAAACAACGAGUCGAGGAGUUCAGCAAACUUUUAGAACAACUUCGAGAUGCGUGGAUUAUGGAAAAAACUGAUGUUGCCGCUGAUUCGGAAUUAGAAUGGGGGUCACCCAUUGAGGUGGACCAUCGGAUGUUUAGUUCAGAUAAAAAGAUGAUGACAAACAAAUUCGAGCUGGAACCAACAAGGGAUUCAAUGAGGGAACCAUUAAGUCGCGCCAGUAAACGUAAGGCAAACACUCUUAUUGAACAUAUUAAUAAUCAUUCUGAUAGUGAGCCUGAGGCUAAUGAUGAUUUCGAUGAUGAUGUUGAUUCGGCUUUGUUCAAAAAAAGAAAACCUCAACAGGAAAGAAGAAAAGGAAACGCAAACGGAAGUAAAAUGCAUAUUGAUAUAGACAUCGAGAGAGUGCCUGACACACAAAUGCCAAGCACAUCGUUUUCCUUAUUUGAUAAUGAAGAAAAAAAAAAAAUUUCCGACGAUGAUGAUAAUAUUUUUGAAUUUAAAGAAAAAGAAAAGCACGAAGAAAUUUAUCCGCGAAAAAUUCAACCACCAACUCCGAGUGUUAAUAAAGCACGACGUGGUAAACCACGUGGUAAAACAAGUUUUAGAGGUCCACGUUCAAAGAAGACAAAUGAAAGUACUGCAAAUAAAGCAAUUAAUGAAGAGGAUAAAUUUCCCCCAUCAAAUGAAAAAGACUCGCCGCCUGAAAUUAUUUUAGAUUGUGAACCAGCGGAAUUACUUGAUAUUUCGCCGCAAACUAAUAUGAAGUCUUUGAAAAUGCCAUUAGCCGAGAAAACACGAUUGUCAAAGCUUAAAUUAAAAGAAAUAGAAAAUAUCGAGAAGGCAAAGGAUGAGGAAGAACAAAUAAAUUUACAGAAAAUUGAGGAUGACAAAAAGAAGAGGCAAGAGGAACUCGUUAAGAAACGUUUAGCUGAAAGAGAAGAGUCGGAAAAAUUAUUGAAAGAACGUGAGGAACGUGAUAAAUCGAUGCAAAUAAAAUGGAAUAACGUACUUCAUGAUAAAAAGAAGGACAGAAUAAAAGAUAAUAAAAAUUUGUCCGAGGAUGAAAUUCAACAAGAAUUAUUUAGCGAUGAUAUCGUUAUAUGUGAGGAUAAUCUUCGCACAGAACAAUCGACGAGUUCAAGUACAAAAGGAGACGAUGUGGAGUGUCCAAUUUGUAAUCGUUUUUUUCCUAAAAAUGAUAUCGCUAAUCAUGCGUCCGAAUGCAAUCAAUUUGAAAUUGAUGAGACAUCGAGUCCAAUUAUCGGUAAACGCCAAAAAAGGAAUAAUACGAUUGAAAAGUUAAUUUGUAGUGUUUGCAAUAGAUAUAGUACAAUGGAUGCUAGUGAUUUCAUGGAACAUGUUGGAAUAUGUAAUGAAGAAAAUCGCAGACAAAGAAACUCUAACUCUUCCGAGAGGGAUUAUCAAGGGAAUCGUACUCCGGAGAGGAAAAAUUUUAAUUUUAGAGAACGACGUUAAAAAUGGACUUUUGCAUUCCAAAAGUGUUUCAUACCUCAAGAUCCGAUUGAUUCGGUUUAUAAUUAUUUUGUUUAUAUUUUAAGCUUCUCCGUCUUCCUGAAUCACAUUCUGAAAAUUUUCUCUAAAAACAAUAUUACGAAUUCUAUUUUUUUUAAUCCAUACAGGAAUAUGGAUAUUUUUUUUCUUGCUUUCGAUAAUUUAGUUUUACUUAAAGUUCAAUUUUUCAAUUAAUAAUUAUAUUUAUAUUUUUGUAUUUUAUAAGUUUACUUGUUUCACAUUUCUCUCGCUAAAAAAUAAUUUCAUUCGGAAGGCAUUUUUCUCUUAAUUUCAAUUUGUUUGUGUUUACAAUUUUUUUUUUUAAAUUUCAUUCUUCAUUUUCUCGUUUGUGAUUUAAUGGCAUUUUUUUACGUUUAAUUAUAUUUGAUUACUAUUUUUGUAUUCCUUUUUUUUUAUUUCAUUGGUUACUUUUUUUUGGAAAUGAAAAUUUCUCUUUUUUUAAAAUUUAAUUAAUGACCACGAGAAGGUUAAUUGAUCUUUGGUUUGUCUUUGUAAAUUUUGUAAAAGAAUUGAAGAACUAUUUCUUAUUUGGAAAUAAUUUAUUGAACAGACAACGAAAAGGUUUAAUUAGCAGUUCAGUGUUUACGAUAAUUUUUUAAUUUGAAAAAAAAGAGUUUAUUUUUAUAACUUACGUUUGUUAACUCAGCUUGUGAUUUUAAGAGAAAUGUACAAAACUACCAGAAAAAUGUACUGCUCUUAAUUCUAAGUAAAUCGAUGCAAGAUUUGUGAUAUAUUUCUAAUAUAAAUAAUGGAUUUUUAUAAUAAAAAUAUUCUACCACUUUCUAAAUA